CAGUCAUUCGCCUAUCAGACGAACAUUCAACGUUAUUUCAAAGCAGAAGCUAAAUGACAAAUGAGUGACAGUAAAGUCAUAUACAAAGUUCAACACUAAAGUCAAAAAUAUUAUAAGGAACACGGCGUAGUGGUGUGACCCUCUUCAUAGUGUAAUUGUGGACCUUGUGGCGUGAAGGCAGAAACUCGGGACACCUUUGAUAACGUCCAGAUUUAAGUCUUUCUAAAAGUACAUUUUACGCUACGCAUUAACUAUAAGUAUACAGGAAAAUUAUUUGUUGAAAACAUACGCAGUCAUCUUUAACCAUACAUUGCUUACAAAAAAGUGUCAUUCACAGUAUUUGUGGCUGUUCAAUGUGAUAUGCAAGUGAUCUGCCGAGAGCGACAGGUUAACCAACUUCGAAGUCUUCUUGCUUUGGAUAAUGCAUGCCCAAGGAACAUUCCAGUGCAAGCCGUAAUUAUAUUCGGCGAUUCUGGAACGGGGAAAUCAUUCACAGUGAAGAAGAUUCUUUCAGCAGCAGAAUCGUCAGAAAGUUUGGAAUUCAAGAUCCGUUAUGUGUGGUUAAACUGUGUGGAACUACUUCAGGCUCGAUCGGUGUUUUCACUGAUUCUUAACCAACUAACCACUCGUGAAGUGGACAGUCUUGAGCAAAUCAGCAAUCUGAAGUCGUGCGAUUCUGCUGUCGACUUCCUUAAGCACCUUUUUCAGGAUUUCCAACCGGAUGAUCGUCUUUAUAUUGUAUUCGACGAUUCCCAGCGGCUGCGGGAUUUCGAUCCAAAUAUACUUUCAUUUUUCCUUCGUAUACAGGAGCAUGCGAAUUCUGUAAUAAGCUGUAUUUUCAUAUCUACUGUUCCUCUUUCGCAUUAUCACACAAGUUCAGGGUUCUGCACGCCCCACGAAAUAUUCUUCCCGUAUUAUACACAAGACGAACUUUGUCAAGUGCUUCUUGAAUCCUGUCCGUCAACUUGCAAUACGAAGUUCUAUGAGCACUAUCUUAGACUGGUCCUGCCUGUUUUCAAGAACGCCAAUGCUAAUGUUAAAGAGCUCAUGCAUAUCGCAAUUGCAAACUUCGUAAACUACACAGCUCCGCUAGCUAAAGAUUCUUCACUAAAAGACCACUCUCUAAAGCUGUGGCACAACAUCGAACCUUACUUGAAGAAAGCUUUAGAAAGUCUUUAUCUGCGGGAAGUAGAUGCAUUUGUUUCUGGCGAAACAUCAGACAGUGCUACUAAAAGCAUGAACAACAAGCAGAUUAUUGAACUUCCAUUGUAUUCGAAGUUUCUUCUGAUUGCGGCGUAUAUUGCAUCGUACAACCCGCCUUCCACAGAUCGCAAGUUUUUCGUCAAGAAUAGCGGCCGUGAGAAGCGAAAGUUUUCCCAAAUCAGAAAGAGUAAGCCAAACUAUCACUUGUUGGGUCCCCGGCCAUUCCCUCUCAAUCGUCUUAUGGCCAUCUUCCAUGCCAUUGUGGAUACUUCGGACUUCCGCGUGGAACCAACAACAAUACUGCAAAGCCAGGUGUCCUCACUGGUGCACCAUCGCCUAGUAACACAAACUGCUGGAAAGGAUUUAUUAAGUGCGCCACGCUACAAAUGCGCUGUGGACCUGGAUUAUGUGCUGCACAUAGCAAACACUGUUCAUUUUGAUGUGACGCAGCAUCUUGAGGAUUUUAAUAUGUAAAAUUUGUUUUUGCGAAUACAAAACGUACAUAGUCACAAGUGACGUGUAAAAUCAGAGUUCUAACUGAUGAUGAUGUCAGUCUAUAGAAAAUACACAAAAAGAAUUGUGUGAAGCCUCGACUACAUUCAAUAAUCUCAGCAUUCUAUGCGCAGACCUUAAUUUCUGGUUUAAUCAACAGCAACGAUGCGAUUAGCAUUGAUGGCGACAGUAGAAAUAAUAAUUACAUCAGAAGUAUUUUUUCUUGCUCUAAUGGCUUUUCUUGUAUUAUAAAUUGAGAAGAAAUAAUAGAACCCUAAAUACGUGUGAGAUACCUGAUGUUUACAAUUGACUGGUUCUUAUACAAUAUCCUGUGUAUUAAGUCAUUUAUCAACAAUUCAAUUAUAUAUUAACGGAUGUAUAAUAUGUCAGCAUUCUGUUUCGCAUGUCAAAAAAUCAAGAAUUGUAUUUACCGAUGUUGAACAAAAAAACAAGCUACACUGUUCGUCUUCAACUUAAUAAAAGUUAAGUACUGUUCGAA